AUGGCCCACCAAAACGACCCGCUCGUCGUCCGGGAGGGCCGAGAGAAAGUCCAUAAGCGGCCGGGCGUAGUCAGAAAAGGAGGAAAUCUGGUGGAGCUGGCUCGGGUGGACCCCACAGCCAGCAAGGUCCAGGGCAGUGACCCUGUGCCGAUUGUUCUGCUUCAGCAGGUUCACGAGCUUGUACCAGCACCAGGCGCCAUGGCCAAAACCGUGCACCAGCACAAAGUCUACCAUGUCAAGGCCUGGACCUUUGUUAACUUUAUCGGCGAGUUUAAAUUCGACCAAAAGUUGGGACAGGAAGAACAUACAGGAAGAGAAUCACAUUUCACUUUUAAAUAUACAUGGCAUGGUCCUAUAAGACCAGAAUUUAGCCUCUGUUCAUAUGCACAGGAUAAUCGAAAUCCUGAAGAUAGAGCUGAAAUCGAAAUAUAA